ACGGAUUACAUGUUGAGUGUGUUCACACAGGGAAGAGAAAGAGAAAGAGAAAGAGAGAGACAGAGAGAGAAGCAAGGGGUAGCGGCGUUGGCGUAUUUGAGAAGGUACGUGAGGAAGAAAGUAGCGUAUGGAGAAGAAGGAUCUAGAGAGAAAGUGAGUGCUAGAGAGAGAGAGAGAGAGAGAGGAGUCCAUGACUGAUCUGAAGAAGCAGUGUUCGGAGUCGCUUUGCUUCGUCGCAAUUGCCUUGUACUUCGUUUUUGAGUUUGAUUCUUUUGGUGUUGGAUCAGUUUGAAGGGCACGUGGAGGAAGUUGAUUUUCGAUUUCGAUAUCGAUUUCAAUCACAGGUAUAUGAAACCCUAGCUUGUAGUGUCUGUGUGUGUAUGUGUUUUGCUUGGAUGUUUGCUAGAUCGAUCGAUGGCGAGACGACUUCAUUGGCCUCAAAACCCUAGCGAUCGUCUCGAUUCUGCCAUCUGGACUGGGAGAAAGGUUUUGGAAGAUUCCGCUUCGAGUUUCAAACAGGUUGAAGACUUGAAAGUAAAUCAUGGACACUGGAUUUAUAUCUCUUUGACUGGAGAUUUGAUGCCUAGGGUUUGUUUUUCCUCAUCUGAUGUUUUUGGCUUCGUUGACGUUGGGAACUUGACUUGGCUUGAACAUUCAUGCCUGUGGUCCAGCAAACUACCUAAUGCCUUAACUCUGUUCAUGGAGUUCACAUCUGCUUGGAGAUCUCUUUGCGUAUUCACCGUGGUUACUUGUGGACUGUAUACACAAUCACAUUACGUUAUGUCUUUUGCUUGAACCCUAGCUUGGUGGAAAUAAUUUAACUGGUAUCUUCCUUCUACGAUCCAAUUAACAUCGUUUAUACAAAUAAAUUUAUGAGCCACGGAUGCUGCAGGAGGUUUCUGCCAUAAGAAGUAGUUGUACACCCUUUGGAUCUGUUCUCUUGGAUGGAUAUGGUCAGAUCUGUGGUGCAAUACUCUAUAUUACUUCUUGCAGAAUUUCAUCUAUCGAUGUUUCACUUUCACUUGCUGCAAACUUGUUUCUGCCAGAAAUAUAGUUGAUGGAAAAUUUGACUGUUUUGCCUGAAAGACCUGCUGCUUUUGCUUAGAUUUUCAUUAUUCCUCUGAUUGAACAAUAGUCAUGAUUCAAUCCGAUGUGGUUGGAUCAAAACCAUGGAAUGUGAUUUAAUUUCUGUAUCGAUAUCAAUCUCCACAGAUUUAUGGGCUUGAUAUAAAUGAAGAUAUUUUUGUUAUUUAAUAUUUGGAUGACUCCGUGCUUCUUUAGAAACUUGGGAAAUUUUGUCAGCACAUUGUCUAUGUUCGUUGAUGUCUUCUAGCAAAGUCUUUCCUUGAUUACUAAGGUACCCCGCUGAAGUGGAUUUCUGUUUUGAAUGGGCCAAACCCUGAUGGAAACCAGACAAAUGACCUUAUUGUCGGCUUCUGUGUGAGAAUCAGUUAACGUCGAAAGAGAGAUCAUAUUCAUGAUUGGAUUCAUUGUCACACGUGUUGUUUCUGACAAUGUAUUAUGUAGAUUCAUGCUUCUUAUCCCUUGUCCGUAUAACUCAAGCUUAUAAUUGUUGUCGUUUACUUCUGCAAUGAACUUUCAUUUGGCAUUCUAGGCGUUGUCAUAUUGAGCAAUUGAGUGAGUCGCUUAUGAGCCGUUAUCAGCAUUGGACACUUUAUUGCGUUUCAGGUCUAAAUAAUAAUUGAGUGCCGUGCUUGGGGAUUUUGACACCGUCUCCCAAGCCUAAUUGCCGUUAUUGGUGGUUGAUAUUUAUGAACCACCUUGUAGUCACUUUCCCAAAAUCGCAUUCUCCAAUUUUGCAUUUUUAAUAGCAUUGUUGAUUGUUUCUGAUUUAUCAUUUAGUUGCUAUUUUUGUGCAAUGCUUUGCUGUGGCUGCUGCUUAUUUAAACCUUGGAUGCUUCCCAGGCGGCAUAAUUUGAAUAUCUUGGAUCCUGCAAAGCUUCUGUAGGCGUUGUCCGUCUUCUGAAUGUGACAAUGAGGGGUCACCAUUAAUGAUCCACCUGUGUACUUGCACUGGGGGGUCAGCCUCUAUUACUGGGUUGAGCAAAAGACGAGCAGCAACGGCAUCCUGCAAGACUUGCGGUCGAAGACCUUCAGCUGAUGGGACAGAGUCUCCCGCCAGCAGUGUAAUUAACACAGUUGGUUUAGAACUGACCAGUCUCAUCAGUUCAGAUUUGACUUGGAAGGUUUCAAAAGGUAACAGGAGUUCAUUGAGGCGAGCUAGAACAAGUCUGCAAUCUAGGUGGGAGUUAGCCAAUAAGGAGUUCAAAGAGGUGGAAAUGCCUGUGUCUGAAUCCGAGAAGCUGGGAGUUUCUGUUCUUGGGUGCCGCUUCAGUGAGAAGGCAGAGCAUGUGCCAAUUAAGAAAAGAAGGUUUUUCUUUAGGUCUCCAUCUCCACCACUGAGAACCACUUCUUCACGCUCUGAGGAAACUGAAAGACUUACAAAUAGUCAACAUGCUUCAGGUCAGGGGUUCCUUAUGAAUCCACUUUUAAAAUGCAAAUCUGCAGCAUCUGCUUCUGCAGUUGACAUAAGUCAAGUUGUUGAUAGCAAUCAAAAAUUUGAGGGAACAAAGUCUGCUAUGUUAAAUGAACGAAUUGGUGAGAAUGACGACUUCUCUGGCAUAUCAAUUCUUGCUGCUGCCGCCUGCAGUAACAGCUUGGGAGACAUUGAGGAGGGUUCCGGAGUUGAGUCUCCUGUGCGGGAGGGCCCUAUUCAAGUUUUGUUGAAUGAUGAAGCCAAAGAAGACCUUGUGAAUUCUGGUCAAAUAUCUACUGAAGGAACUGGCUCCUUUAUCUCCACAGUGCCUCCUGAAGGUGCUGCCUCCUUGAGAAUGUAUAAUUCCUCCCCAAAGCGCUUGUCGCUUGAAAACACAUCGGAGAGUUCUUUAUUACAAAAUAAUUCAAUGGUUGGAUCACAGGGUCUUUCAAACAAAAAGGAUGACGGAACAGCUAGAAUACAGGAGUUUUCUGCACGAGAUGAUAGGUUGCACUGGGACUUGAAUACAGUAAUGGAUGCAUGGGAAAGCCCUUUUGAUGAUCAUCAUUCAUCUGAUCUGACUAAUGCUGCAGAUCUGCAGCCUGACUGCGCCAAUGAAGGUAACUUGGAAGGUAAUGGGUUUCAAAAGGAGUUUGGGGUUACCAAUGAAGACACUGGAAAGGCACAGGUACUGGAUGAAUCAAGCAACUUGUCUCAUGAAACUCAAGAUUUAAACAAGGAUGAACAUAAAUCCCCUGUGUGCACUGAUAUCAACAUGGGUAGCACCUUGCAAGCAAAUUUACAGUCCUCUGAGACUGAUAAUCCCCUGAAUGUUGUGAUGGACUUCGUUAAGGAAGCAAAUUGUUUGCCUAACAAGGAAAAGUUUUGCACCAAUGAUGGAUCACUUGCUCUUCCUCCUCCUAAAGAUGUUCCAGACCAUUGUACAUCACCCAUUGUUGACAAACAUGCUACGUCCAGGAAUGUGAACUUCAGCUCCAAGACUAGGGAAGUUUUAUCUUCUGUUCCGGUUGCUGGAGUGGAUUCAUCUCUGCACUAUUCUAUGCCCCCUACAGCUGAUAUUCUUAAUAGCACAUGUUUAUCUGAAGGUACUUGUAAUGCUGCAGCCACAGGUUUUGGUAGUGCGAAGAGCGUAGAUGAUUGUGGUGCUGAUGUACAAACAUGUGGGACCAUUUCCCCUACAUAUCAGGUUGAGAAGCAGAAUGCUUCUGUUCGUAGUGUACCUUAUUCAGACAAGGCUGCCUGUGAGAUUGGUAAUAGUGGAUAUGAGGAUUGUGGGAAUGCCAACAACAUAUCAGGAUCAGGUGAUAAUGGGAAUUCUGCGAAGGAUAGAGCCAGCAUGGAGACUGACCACUUACUCGGAAAUGAGCUUCUUGAUGGUAGUAAGGAGAAUGCUGGCUUGGAGUUAGAUGGUGGUGGAUUCUGGCAAUCUUCUCGUACACAUGUAGAGGUGCCUACCUCAGAUGCAUUUCUUGAAGGCCAGUCUGUGGUAGAAUCAAGAAACAAGGUGCAACGUUGUAAAGUUACUUCAGGUCAUGAUACCUCUGAUUCUGAUAUGCAAAUGCAAGUUUAUACCGAGAAACCAGAGUCAACUACAUUUUUAGGAAAGCCUAUAAGGCCACCUCAUUGUCUUAGUUCUCCUUAUAUGCAAAGAAGCUGUUCUAAUGAUUUUGUAAGUGGUUCUGGUAAGGUAACUCUUGAGGAGCAGUUGGAUGAUGGUUAUGCUUCUGAUGUUUCGCGAGGUGAUCGUCAUCCCAGGGUUGGGAUUGAUAAAGAGAAUGAGCUGCAGUUGGAUUAUGAUUCACAGUAUGAAGAUGGGGAACUCAGGGAUUCAAGUAUACAUAGUUGGGAAGGAUAUGAUGGUGAGGAUGGAGAAACUGAACGUCUGGACUAUGGUUCAGACAACAGAGACUCUGACAAUUUGGGUUCUGAAAAAGCACAAGAAAGUAAUUUGCAAUCUUCUCCGGGAGGCUCCUCGAGGAAGAAAUCUGAUUCAGGACCUGGUAGGGGAUCAUUUGUGAACACUAGAACACCAUGCUUGAGGGUGCAGAAAGUUGAUAGCAGCGACAAAGGAUCUGGUUCAGGAACUGAAGACGUAACUAGAAAUAAGGAGGAUCAUGAUAUGCGAGACCAUGUGAAGGAAUUAAGUGAGUCAGCUGAGUUGAAAGUGAAUAUGUCUGGUUCGGAUUUAAUGCCUGAAAUUAGUAAACAUUCAUCAGAUAUAAAGACCAGAGUAAGAGCUGAAAGGGUCAUGAAGUGUUCUGCUGGUAAUCAAAGAGGUCGAUUGGGAGCUGAAUAUGCAGGGACAAAAGCGGAUGAGUCAAGAGCUCAUGGAAGGGACUGGCCAUCACGAAUUGAAAGAACUACAUCCCAAAGUGCGCAUCUUAGGCGGGAACGAUCAUGUAUGCAGGGAAGCAGUUCCAAUGAUGCUUACUAUUCAAAUCCUAGGUCUGAGAGGGAGUCUGGUGCUCAUAAAUCCUUUGGGAGGGGUAGAUAUUUUCUUCAAAGUCAUACCAGGAGUCGGGAAGGUGGUCACUGGGCUGAUUUUGAGGGUUAUAGGGGUUUGAAACGCCAUCGUUCCCCUACUUACCAUGGCCCUACUGCUUUCCAUCGCUCCAGGCUAGAAAAUGUUGCAUUAGAUGGUACCAAUACAAAAGAGGAAGGUGCAGGACAAAGGGUUACUGGCAGACAAACAGUUACUGAUUCACAUAUUAUACAUCGACCUUUCAGAAGUGGAUCACCAAAUGAUCGGCAAGAAGCUUUCCGUAUGCGUCUUGGCUUUAGACCAGCUCGAGAGAUGAGUCCUGGAAGGUCUGCAACUAUGGGCAGGGGUAGGUCUGUAAGAUAUGGUGCACGAAUGGAUGGAGGCCCCAGAAGGAGAUACUAUGGUGGUGCAAAUGAUGAUUUUGUUGAAUCUUCCUUGGAUUAUUCACAUUCUUCGGCCAGGAGGCGGAGAAGUUUUUCUCCAGCUGAAAAAAGAGGGAUUCCUCAUGCACGGCGAUCCAACUCGAAAUCUCCUUCAAGAUCUAGAACUCGCUCUCCCAUUGCCUGGCAAUCUCCUAGAAGAAGAACUGGGGAUGGUGCUAUUGGUAUUCUGGGUUUUAAAAACCGAAGCAGGUUUAAUUGCAGGUCUGAUACGAGAAUGCCAAGGGUGAGGUCACCUCAUAUUCGGUCUGGUUUUGCAGCAGAUCAUCUCACAAGUUUUUCAUCAGUGCCAAGAGGCAAUGACUCUCCACCCCCUAAUUCUAGAUGUAUUGGUUACAAUCAUCGUUCUUCAGCUUUAGACCGGUCACCUGGGAGAAUUGGCUCCCGGGAAGACAGGUUUGAUUUGUUGGAUCCCCCACGAAAAUUGAAGCCAAAUGAGUAUUAUAGAUCUGUGAAUCCAGGAAGAUUUUCAGAAUCAAAUGGAGCUGGAAGAGGCCGAUCUCAAUAUGAGGGGAAUGAUGAUGAUCAUAAACAGGAGUAUAGGUAUGGGCUUGUUCAUCGUGCAAGGCGUUAUGACAUGGACAGAACUGUGAAGCGGUUCCGUUAUGAGGAUGAAGAUGGUUAUAUUUUGGCAAAUGGCUCUCGAAAUAAGGAUUCUACAGAUUUCCAUGGGAGAGAAAAUCCUAAGGCUUAUAGUGGGGGAAUUGACAGUAGUAUAGGUGAUCAACCUAGGUCGUCUAGAGAAGACAGAGGCCCAUUCGUCUAUCGAAGAGAUGGGAGAUAUAAUGCUAACUCAAAGGUAUUUGGGGUGCGGGAAGGUGACGAGGAUGAAGCCUCCAGAAGGAGGCGACCUUCCUGAACUUUGUACUCAGUGCCCUUUUUGUCACAUUGGAUGCAUCUGCAGGUUUUUUGAAAAUGGUGGACCUGGUGAUUUUUUUUUUUUUUUUUUCAUCUGGAAAGUAUCUGGAUCUUGCAGUUGUCCUUUCUUCCAGCGGUGGUUAAAUUUUAAUUUCAAUAUUGCGAUUUUUUGUUUUGAAAUUUUGGUUAGGACUAGUAUCUGCUUUUAAUAUUUUUAUAUUUUGAAUAUAGAAUCUCCUGGCCAAUCCUGGGGACUUAGCCACUUUUGAGGCUGUUGGAAUAUUAUCAAAUCAAUGAG